AUGGCGAGUUCAAAUCCGCAGAAUGUUAUUCGCAGGAAACUUGUCAUCAUAGGUGAUGGAGCAUGUGGCAAGACCUCUUUGCUGAGUGUCUUCACUUUGGGGUACUUCCCAACUCACUAUAUUCCAACCGUCUUCGAGAACUAUGUCACAGAUUGCAGAGUAGACGGCAAGUCCGUACAACUCGCGUUAUGGGAUACGGCCGGACAAGAAGAUUACGAACGGCUACGGCCGCUCGCCUACUCGAAAGCACACGUGCUGCUGAUCGGUUUCUCGAUCGACACGCCAGAUUCUCUUGACAACGUCAAGCACAAGUGGAUAGAAGAAGCAACCGAACGAUGUCCCAGCGUCCCGAUCAUAUUGGUGGGUCUGAAAAAGGAUCUGCGAGACGACCCCGUGGCCGUCGAGGAGAUGCGGAAGAAGAGCCUCAAAUUCGUGACGGAGCGGCAGGGCGAGGCGGCGGCGGCCGAGAUAGGGGCGCGCAAGUACCUUGAGUGUUCCAGUCUGAGCGGCGAGGGCGUCGACGACGUGUUCGAGGCCGCCACGAGAGCCGCACUCCUCACAUUCGAGAAAGGCGAGGGCAACGGCUGCUGUGUCAUACUAUGA